AUGGCGGGCGAGCUUGAGAGUUGCAAGGCCCUCAGCGGGCUGCUGAGCAUCCUGGCCCAGAAAACUUUCCAUGGGCACCCCGGCAGCGAGGACCUGCUUCGGAGCCAGCUCUAUCCGGAGGUGCCACCCGAGGAGUUCCGGCCCUUUCUGGCGAAGAUGACGGGGAUUCUUAAGUCUAUUGCAUCUGCAGACAUGGAUUUCAACCAGCUUGAAACAUUCUUGACUGCUCAAACCAAAAAGCAAGGAGGGAUCACAUCUGAUCAAGCUGCUGUCAUUUCUAAAUUCUGGAAGAGUCAUAAGGCAAAGAGUCGAGAGAGCCUGAUGAACCAGAGCCGCUGGGACAGUGGGCUUCGGGGCUUGAGCUGGAGAGUUGAUGGCAAAUCACAGUCAAGGCACUCAGCUCAGAUACACACCCCUGUUGCCAUAAUGGAGCUGGAAAUAGGGAAAAGUGGACAGGAAUCUGAAUUUCUGUGCUUGGAAUUUGAUGAGGCCAAGGUCAACCAAGUUCUGAAGAUGCUCUCAGAGGUAGAAGAAAGUAUCAGCACACUGAUGCAGCCAGCCUAGUGAAGGUGAAGUUGUUGAAGCAAAGGUGUUUAUGAUCCCUCCCCACU